GUAAUUUUAAUACCCAAUGCAUUCCAAGGGACUGAGCGAAUGAUAUAUUUCGGCAAUUUAUCACUUACGACAUUUAUCAAUAGUCCGUGUUGGCUAUCAACCACACAGGGUCAUCAAGUGCGGAUUGAGAACAAGUUCCCCUGCAAAACUUACCCAAUAUGCGAGUUUCUACUGUUUGGUUUUUUAUAUUCGUCCUGUUUACAUUUCCAGUCCUUUCAUCUUCUCACUGGUGGUAAGUUAAAUUCAGUCUUCCGAUCUAAGAGGAUUACACCAAUCACAAGUUUAUACUCCAGAUUAGCGGCGAGAAUUGCUCGAUUUCUGCUCACUUUGGUUUCAGGUCAGAAAUUUGGCAUUUUAAUUGCUCGUUUAUUUCGUUAGGUUCAUGUCUCAAGUAUACGCAUUGGGGGCGAAAAUAAUGUGUAACAACAUCGCCGGCCUGGUCACCUACCAACGCCAACUUUGUCGAGAAAACCCCGAUGUGAUGGUUAGCAUCGGAAAGGGGGCCAAACUUGGCGUGGAAGAGUGUCAGCAACAGUUUAAAGAUCAGAGAUGGAAUUGUUCAACAGUAGCUCGAGACGUCAGCGUUUUUGGAAAAGUUAUGCGAAAAGGUAAAAGAUAAUAUCGUUGAAGGGAAGUGCUCGGUUUAAACUACUUCUUAAGAGUCAGAGUAGUUAAGAUAGUAACUCCAAAUCGUAGUUCUUGGUGGAGAGGUGUAAUUUUAGCAGCGUACAGGUUGUCAAUUUGGUGAAAACUGUUAUCUUAUCCCUUUAUUUUGUGCUAUGAUUUAAAAUAAAAAACUGACAAAAUAAUGGCAUCCACGAAACUCAAUACCUUCACAUGAGGUCCGUUCAAGGAUCCUUGAAAAAAAUUUCCUUACUCUCAAGUGUCCUCAUGUAGUACUCUCUCAGGCGUUUGAUUUAUUCACAAGAUCUUUCUAGACAAAGAGUAGUUGAAAACGAAAACGAUUCUUUUUGCUUGAGUGGUUUUUGUGAAGCUGUACUUUUUUUCUUGUCUUCACAGCAAGUAGAGAAAGCGCCUUCGUAUACGCCAUAUCUUCUGCGGGGGUUGUACACGAGGUCACAAAGGCGUGCAGCCGCGGAGAACUGAUAGGCUGUACUUGCGAUACCAAACGUAAAGGAAGAAGUCACAAAGGUUUUGAGUGGGGAGGUUGCAGCGACAACAUAGGUUAUGGUCUUAGAUUUGCCAAACUAUUUGUCGAUUCGCGAGAACAGGAGCGGGACGCCAGAGCAAAAAUGAACCUUCAUAACAACUUUGUGGGGCGAAGAGUAAGUAUUAAACAUUUAUUCAUUACGUGAAUUUUCCGGGUUUUGCGAAGUCGCAUCAUUUUUAUCGAUAAAUUAAAUUUGUAUCGACAAAUUCAUUUAUAACUAAAUUCGUGCGUUGACGGGUUUGUUAUUGCUCAUCGUGGAUUAAUUUUGGCUCAGUUUCAGUAAUUAUUAUGGAUGUUUUAAAUUCAUCCAUUUCCCUGGAGUGUUUUUUACAAACAAUACACCAGGAUAAACAUUUGUCUUGAAAGCUAAUCUCGUACUUCCCUAAUAUGGCUGUAAAAACUGAAAUAUAAGUGUUAAUUUUCAUAAGUAUGUCCUUAAAAGUAAAAGAAAUUGAAAAAGAGAGAUAAAAGGAUAUGAAGAAGUGUAAAAGUUAAAAAAACUCCGUUUGUAGUAUUUCUUCUGUCAUACCCUUAUUUUGUCGAAUUUUCUAAUCCCGAAUCACACGACUCAACUUCAAUGAAGUUUGUUUAGAUAAACAUCAAGAAAACAGGAAGAGCGUGGAUUUUUGUUGACUCGGUAGUAUUUUUUUAACCGAUAUGGCGCCUUUUCUGUUGAAUCUAUUUCCUGACUGUGGUAUUUCAGAGGUCGUAGAAUGUUCGAUAUGCUUGAAAAAACAGAAAAUGUGAAGAAAUUUUCGACCAAUUUAAACUCGUACUUAGAGGUGAAGAAAAGUCCCUCAAACUAAUAAAUUUUGCCAGUCUAAGUAUAGCUUCAUAGUCUUUGAAGAUUGUACUGGAACUUGCAAUUUCAACCAUAGCUGUAGUACAAACUUCUUUUCCCGCCUUUGCUUCGCAUUUUUGUUUCUUGGAAAAGGAAAAGGAAAGCGACUUCUUCUUUUGCUAAAAAAAAGUCAUUUUACUUCCAAGAAACAGCCCAAUAAAACCGUUGAAAACACGCCUGUUUCUCCGGCAACAGUCCACGAAUUACGAAAAUGUUGCAAGUUUGUCGGCAUUUUGUGUUUUUCUUAAUUACCAAACUCGAACCCGGACUGAUAUCGUGGAAAAAGUCAAGAGAAUGACCAUUUUAAGAGGCUGAGAUAUAGGAUGCAAAGAUUUCGUUCUUAAAAACAUAUCCAAGGCCAUUGCAAUAACGCGCUCGCGCUGCAACAUUACUUAAUUGUACCUAGAUUGGCUUAUCAAACUUACGUCAAGUAGCACUUCAUUAUAACUGUACUACUCAGUUCAUGAAAAAAUUGGAGUUUUUAAAUCGCGUAGGCAUUUUUUACGCCUACUUUUACGAAGAAACAUCUGUAGCAAAUAUCGUGCAGUGGAGUAGCGUGAAUAGGUAUUAGACUGGAGUGUUGAUGCAGUUUAAUUCUCGAGAGUGGUUUUGUUCGAGUUUCCUGUUAAUUGAGAAGAGGAAAUUUUCGAAACGUUGAAUUGACCGCAGGCAAUUUCCCAACAAAACUUAUCAGAUAUUGAAAGAAAAGUUUGAGCUUUAAGGCAAAUGCCUUCACGUUUCUUCUGUCGCUGGUUUCAAUCUGGGUAAUUAUGUUGAGUUGCAAGAAGUUCAUGGCUAGCAUCCGCGAACCUCUACUAGAAAGUUUCUUCUUUUGGAGAACAAACCGGUAUGGGAGCAUUUGGAAAAAAUUUUCGUAAAUCCUGUCAAGUCAUGCUUGUAUUAGCUGUUAUGUAUUAUUUGCCCGACGGUCUCGCAAGUCCAUAACAUGAAUAAGAUACUCCUUACAAAUAUUGACUGUCUUCUGUAAUAAAAUAUAAAGUGAUUUAGAAACUACUGCGUCAGUUCUAAUUAAUUGAAUUUCCCGUCGCUACUGAUACUGCAUGAGAUUCAACUCUUUGCUGUUGAGAUCACUCGGGUCUUUACAACAACGAUAAAAAUAUAAAGGACUUCAUUUAAUGCUCUGUUUAUGAAUCUUUUGCAUGUUAGAUUUUAAAUCAUUCGAAACGGUCGUUUUACUUAACUCUUUUAUAUCUUCUUUUUGUCGACUUUCUUUAACUAAUCCGAGAAAAAAAGGCUUAGCUUGUUGACAUAGUUUUCUUUUCCUCUAACCAAUAAAGGUAAUAAAGUUAAACAAUGUAAAGUUAUUUGGCACGUUCUCAGCAAAGAGAAGUAGGAUUUUGUGGUUUUGCUUAGUUUCCUCAAGACUUGUUAUUACAUCAAACUCAUAGUACAAAAUUCUACAAAUAGCAAUUUAAUGCCAUUAACUCAAACAAGAUAAACUCAGCUCUAUCCUCUGUUGUUCUAACUACUAUAUGUUUACCUUCAAAAAGAAAAACAAACAAAAUAUGUGAAGUAGUUAAUUUAAAUCUCACGUUACGAUGCACAUGUAUCGCGUGCAAUGUGCCCAUGAAAAGCCUACAACACGAACAUUUGUUAGUAACCCAUUUUGCCCUUUGUGGCUGCAUGAGUCAAGUCUCUCUAAAACUAGUUGUAAAUGGUUGAGGGCACUUGAAAAUCACUGAAAAAAAAACGCUUUUCAUACUUUAUUGCGGCUCGGAGAAAAAAAUUCUAACGAAACUAAGCCGAUUCCAGCUCCUCCCAUCUCUUGCCCGUUCAAAGUUGUCAUGGCAAAUGUUGAAUACGAUCUUUGAAUCCAAAGACGUCCUAUGGUACAACAUUAUUAGAUCGGUUUUCGUGACACCCGGAAUAAUGAAGGUGUUUUCCUCAGCCUUCAGUCUUUGUGCUGAUAACACUUACCUCAAGAGCUACUCUUCUCUUCUACCGAGAAACUUGAACUUCCGCCCAUCACAAAAACUGAAUCGAACAAUUGUUUCAUUUAGUAAAUGAUUUGAACCCAAAUAGGUAGAAUAUGAUCGUAAGUUUAAGCGUUGUCUGGAAUAGAACUGUUAUUGAUACUGACUGACGUUUCUACAACCUUUGCGGUAGUCAAGUUGAUGGUGAUUAUGAGAUGAUUCGUCAAUAAGUCGCCAUACAUUGGUCCUUUGUUAGUUAAGUUUAGUUCACUCGUGAAUAAACAGCUGGCCGCCGCGCCUGGAAACGAGGUUGAUCGGUUGCCAUGCAACCUGGUUUCCAAAUUAAUAUACCAUCGACCAAACUCGUUUCCAAGUCAAUAUACCAAUUCGAUGGUAUCUUCCAAAUUCGCAUCUUCCAAAUUUGGUCAACGCCAGUUGAUUAUGAAGAACUAGCUAUGGGCUUUGAGCCAAUCAGAAACGGUGAAAUAUUUUGAAUGUAUAAUAAUGUAUAAUAGUUCUAAUGAUCUUCGAGUGCCCCUUAUUUGAUUUCAUGUUAAAAGGAAUAACUCUUCCGACCUAUGUUGUCCAAGAUUGGCGAUAUCUCUACUGUUUGGGACAGCUGCACACAUCUCACGAGCGCAUGCGCAUACUUGGUUAGGCAUAAGUCGUAUCUCUCAGCAACAAAGCUUGUCACUAAAGCGUGAAUCACUCACCUCAAAAGGGUUUCCUCAAGUUAUUUGAAUCUCCGUACGAUGUAAAUAGUUUUAGGGGAGGAUAAUACAAAUAGUCCAUUUUCGAGUUCGCUGUGACCGCUGAUUUAAAGAGGUGAAGACGCAUUUUUUUACAGCCUUAGCCUCCAUCUGAAGUAAUAUAUUCACAAAUUCCAACGAGAAAAAGACCUGUUUAUUACUCUGUCUAUUGUGUAUAUUCAAAUUUCAAACACUUACUUGCCAGAAUUUCUGAAUAUUUUACUUCACCUCGAGGCUAAUCCUGUAUGAAUGUGUCGUUAAUGUUUGUAUUCAGCGGUAAUUUUUAAUUCGAGACUAGACUAUUAACAGCCUAUUUGUUGUUUCUUUUGCAGGCAGUAAAGAAACACACAGAAUUGGAUUGCAAAUGCCAUGGCGUCUCCGGCUCGUGCCAAGUGAAAACAUGCUGGAAAGUCAUGUCCCAGUUCGGUGUUGUGGGUGCUUUUCUCCGUGAGAGAUACCACAGUGGUAUACAAGUUACCGUAGAUCAGAGCGGCAACGAACUUGUAAAAAUAAAGGCAGAUGGAUCUCCAGCUCAUCCUCCACGUGAUAAUCUCGUAUUCUUAGAAGAGUCCCCGGAUUACUGUGUCCCUAAUACCAACACAGGCUCUUUGGGUACUACGGGACGGGUUUGUAACAAGAGCACUCCGGGACACGGCAGUUGCGGGAUUCUGUGCUGCGGGCGCGGUUUUGACACCAUUCAGGUUGAAGAGGUGUAUAAAUGUUCGUGCAAAUUCAAUUGGUGUUGUUAUGUUAAGUGCCAUACGUGCAGACGGACUGUUGAUAAGCAUGUAUGUAAAUCUCCUGACGAUAAUAUGUACAAUGGAAACGGACCACAUUUAACAGCAUCUGUGACGAACGCGCAAAGCAAUAGUCAAAACAGACCCGCUAAGAAACUUCUCGGUGAUAAACGGAACAAGAGAAGAAAGGAACGAAAAAACAGGAAGCGAGGUGCGUCUAGCCUGUCUACUAACAGUCUCAGCAGAGGCGACAGAGAAAACAAGAAACUCUAAUGUACGGAAUAAGGAACAGAAACAUUACUGUUACCAGGAGAAAACAUUGCAAAUGCAUGACGUGAAUUUGUGCAGUGAAAUUCCCACGAAGCGAACACCUAAAGGCUAUGAAAAUUUGCCUUAUCACUGAACGAGGUUUCCAGCUGCCAAAAUCAUUGAGUGUUUUAACUGGACAGUGCCGCCCGACAGGUGAAAGGAGGACUCCACUGUAUAUGGGAUGACUCCAAUCAGAAAUCGGAGUCGGAAGAAUCAGAACGUUUCCAUUUUCUUCCGACUCCGCUUACGACUCCGUCGUUUACGAUCUAGAGAAAACCAGAUUGUCGGAGACGGUCAAGCAGAAGGGGAAGUAUAAACCAAUCACGAGGCUGGUUUCCUUCUUGAUUGGCUUAAAUCUUCCGCUUCUUCUCGUGACUCCGACAGCCUAGUUUUCACAGUUGAUCGUAAGCGACGGAGUCGUUAGCGGAAUCAGAACGCUGUUUUCACCUGAUCUUUAAGUCCUACGCUUCUGACUUCGACUCCGAUUCCGACUCUGUCUUUAGUGAAAACCAGCUUUAAGGUGUGCUCUACCAAGGGCUUUUUCCAGUUGUCAGAGCUGACCGACUAGACCAGUCCAGUCGUAAAGAGAAUUCUAUUAUUACCCAGGACUAUCCGGCCAGAUCAGUCUAUUUUCCAAAUAUUUUGUAUGGUAGUGAUAGGUUCUAGCGGAAAAACUAACCGAGAAAAUACCAAUAUUUCAUUAGCUAUUUGACCCGUCCCGCAAACCAAUUGUGACUUUUGGUUUGCGCCUUCUUUAAGGCUUUUUCUGUUUGCCUCUAUCGGCAAAAAAUUAAAAGAUAAUAAUGGUCAAAAAUGUUUAGCGAGAGGAAUAAUCUUGAAUGCUGUUACUAAAGCAUGAAAUAACCAAACAAUCUAAAUUCGAGCUUUUUUAAAAGUGGACAGAACUCAGUUUUACAUAAAAAUAGUCAGAAUAUAUAUUCAAAAAUGCUGAUGUGAAAUUCAGCCGGCAGAAAGCUUUAGACAGUGGCACACUAAAUUGCUUCGCUGAUCAAGCUAACAGGACAAUAUUUACAUGUUACUAAAUCGUUCUUAACAUAUAUUUUUGCUCUGCGCAAAGCCUCAAAGAGCGCCCGCGCUUUUAGUUCAGAAAAGCUAAAGAAAUUCAAAUUGGAUGAUCGUUUGUACCUUCAGUUUUAAGAAGAUGUUCGAUAUAAUAAUCCAUAUAUCAGGCCUUGAAAUGUUUUUGCGGCUGGCGCCGGUCAAGUUCUCCGGUCAAACCUAUUUUUGCUCGGACAGAACCCGGUUUUUGGCCAGACAAUUACAAAUAUUUAUUACGACAUAUCUUUAUAAAACUAAAUUUUCGGUCCAUUAGAAGCGUAAAGGACCGGAAAAAACUAACUUUUGACCGGACAUUGUCCGUUGACCGGCCGUUAGUUCAAUCCCUGAUAUGUUACUCUGAGCUCAAAGUUCGAGUAUCCUGGAUCGAAAACAUUGGCAUUUAAUAUAUUAACUGACAAAAACAUCUCAUAAUACACGACUGAAAUGUUUAUUUCAUUUCACUUUAAUAUUUAUCCAGGUGAAUUGUUAUUUAUGUAAAUAUUUAAAGUAGGUAAGAGGACAAGGACAAAAAUUAUAAACAGAAAAUAUUUGUUGGCACAAGGUUUGUUGACGCGCACGUGUUUUCAGGUAUAUAAAUGUUGAUAUCGGAC